GAAAUAAAAUGUAAUUCGCUGCUAUGUUAUUUCCCCGGUCAUAAAAGUAAUGUCAACUGAAAUAUAUGGAAUCAGGUACAUGUGUAUCUUUAAUGUUGGGGGUUAUGGUUGUUACGUUUAAAAAAAAUCUUAAAUUAGUGAAUAUCUUAAUUUUUUUUCAGCAUCGAGUGCGCGCACGUCACGUUCAGACCCGUGCGUGCUUUACGUUCUGCAGACACGCGCAAUGAUAGCCGGAAGCAUCGAUGGGAGGAAAAUAAAAAUCGAUUAAAUCCACUGUAAUUCGCGAGUGUAAACCUCUCACCUACUGUUCUUUUCGCGACCGUAGGCUCGAAUUUAUCAGGCUUCUGCACUGCCACUGUACCGGAGGGGACGGUAGAGAGCAGAGGAGCUGCUCCAUUUGAACGAAGUUGCUCGGUAGGGGUUUAGCUGACGUGUGGAGAAGUUGAGACAGCCAGAGAGCAGAUAAACAAACAUAAACAAGCAGGGAUCAGCUGAGCGCCUGUCCGAACCGAACCAGCAGCACGGAGAGGUGCCAGGGAGAGCGGGUUUCCUCUGUUGAGCCCAAGAAUGAUCCACAGGAGACCGUGACUUACACUGAUACUAGCUCCAUGUCAACUGUCAACACUGGCACACAAAGAAUUUCGGAAGCACAACACGAGGACCAGCCAUAGGCUUUAGCAGAAAACCCACUGCUCCUGUCACUGUCUGUUUGUCAAGACAUAGCUAGGCUAACAUGGACAGCCAAUGAGUUUACCUUCCAGUGUCCAGCUGUAACGAAACGAAUAUACAUUACAGUGCAAGGAGACAGAGAAGUGGGAUUAACAUGGCCCAUCAGGCAACCCCUAGUUCACAGAAGGCCCUGAUGAUGGAGCUGAAGUCUCUGCAGGACCAGCCGGUGGAGGGCUUCCGCAUCACUCUGGUGGAGGAGUCUGACCUCUACAACUGGGAAGUGGCCAUCUUCGGGCCCCCAAACACCCUGUAUGAGGGAGGCUACUUUAAGGCUCACAUCAAGUUUCCAGUUGACUACCCAUACUCCCCACCAACCUUCCGCUUCCUCACCAAGAUGUGGCACCCCAACAUUUAUGAGAACGGGGAUGUGUGCAUCUCCAUCCUGCACCCUCCUGUUGAUGACCCUCAGAGCGGGGAGUUGCCCUCUGAAAGGUGGAACCCCACCCAGAAUGUCAGGACUAUCCUGCUUAGUGUGAUCUCACUGCUCAAUGAGCCCAACACAUUCUCUCCAGCCAAUGUGGAUGCCUCUGUCAUGUUUCGCAAAUGGAGGGACAGCAAAGGCAAGGACAAGGAGUAUGCAGAGAUUAUCAGGAAGCAAGUGAUGUCAACAGCAGCAGAGGCUGAGCGCGAUGGCGUCAAAGUCCCAACCACACUGGCAGAGUACUGCGUCCAGACCAGAGUUCCCUCCCAGGACAGCAGUUCAGACCUUCUUUAUGAUGACCUCUACGACGACGACAUGGAGGAGGAGGAUGAAGAAGAAGACGAGAGUGAGAUGGAGUCUGUAGGUGAAGCCGGGGGGCUCAGCGCCGUGGAGGACGGCGGGACGUCCACCAGACGAUAUGACAACCAGGACGACUCUGGCAAUGAAGACUCAUGAUGAUCUGGAUAAUAACUCCGCCCUGCCAACUCCCCACCACCCUCCUUCUUUUCUGUUUUACGUUAGAAUUUUGUGUGUGUGUGUGUGUGUGUGUGUGUGUGUGUGUGUGUGUGUGUGUGUGUGUGUGUGUGUGUGUGUGUGUGUGUGUGUGUGUGUGUGUGUGUGUGUGUGUGUGUGUGUGUGUGUGUGUUUGCACAUACAGUGGGGUCAAAAGUCUACUGCCAAAAACUUUUCAUCAUUUAUUAAACUAAUACCAAUAAUUGGUCAAACUAUAAUUCUCAAACACUCUUACAUACAUUUUCAGCAAAAGUUUGUUGGUACUUUUUUCACUGAACGUCAGAUUUGGUGUUUCCACCGUUUGCCUUAAUUACAGCUUGCACUCUGUCCAGCAUGAAAUAUUUUGCAGAGUUUGAAAUAAUUCUAGCACCGUUAGUGAGAACGCUGAGAGUGUUUCUGAUGUUGCAUUACAUUUCGCAUUUUUAAUGGUCCCAUUGAGGAGGCUGAGGAUCUUCCGCCACACUGAUUUAAACCAGACAUGAUGGCAUGCCUCUGCAGAGUAGAGGAGUAUUAGUCUAUGGUGAGCAAGUGAUUAAUCAUGUGCAAGUUACAGACUCCAGAUGAGGCAAAAGAUCCUCACACCUGAAUAUUUAAGUCCCUGUUUUAUUACUCUCUCAUACAACCAACUCCUCACAUACUGUACUGUAAGUUUUUUGGUUGCAAUCAUGACAUUUCUUUUUUCUUGUGUAAACAAGAGUUUCAACAAUGAAACUGCAGUAUUAUUCAGUCCAUGCUAAACCAUUAGACAUAUUUUGCCUUUAAAGAAAAUGCUCUGGCAACUGCUACAGUUUGUCUUUUAACCAUAGUUUUGGAGUAGGACUUUCUUUGUUGACUUUGGAUCUUGGAUCCAGAUGUUAUUCUGUCUGAUAAAGAUGCUGGCUUUAUACCAUGGUGCCCUCUCUAGGUCUGUCUGCUCCUUGUUUCGAUAAAAACAAAUUUGUAAAAAGUAUUUCCAGCCUUUUUUCGUGUUUAGACAUUACCAGUAGUAACAGUUUACAGACCACAAUAAUUAACAUUGUGUAGGAGGUCAUAUGUGUUAAUAUUUGAGUUAUACUGCAUACUUGGUGAUGCAAUGAUUUUUAGAAAAUUUUGCCAUUACAUAUACCUGCAAUUAAUUAUAAGCAUUUCCUAAAGAUAAAACUUGCAUGUAUUAGUUCUAAAUAAUGUAGUCUUUAUUUGAAAACCAUCCGCAAAGUAAACAACUUGUCUUAGUUUUUGAUAAAUGAUGAAAACAAACUGUCCUUGUGGUGGUCUCUUGAACCCCACUGUAGCUGGCCGGCUCUUUGUCUGCUAGCCCUUGUCAGGUUGUAUGGUUUUGUGUUACAAGAUUGGCUCUAUCCACCGUGUCUUCACUUGUUGCUGUUUUUUAUGUACUUUUCUUGUUUAGUUGGUUGACAUUCUGUCCUCCCUCACUUGUCCCUUGUAUUCUCUGGGAUGCCUCAGACAGUCUGGCUAAUGGACACUUUGCUGUUUGGCUCAUUAACCAGAUGAUGCACUGGCCAGCUUGUCUUGUCACUGUCCAUCAGUGUGUCCUGUGGCAGAAUAUCUCUGUCCCUCUCACGCCUGUCUGUUCGACUUUGAUGCAAUCAACUUAAACUUGGAAACACAGGCUCUGCUGUGACUCCACCUUCUUGGACUCACCUUCAGUAGUGUUCAUCACAACUGUUCCCUCACAAUUACUCAAAACAACGUCAUUUGUUUGGGGGUGAACAAGGUUAAGACCUUUUCUCACAUCGCCUCCUACACCUCUCUCUGCCUCUUAAACCUCAGGGCCUCAAUAGACUUUCACUGAGAGAAAAAAAAACAGUCAAAGAGAAACUUAAAACACAAACUGCUCCUCACCUCCACCUCUUCUUUCUUAUUUUCUGCAUCACUGGGUGUUAUUAGAGGGCAGAGAGUGAACUGAAAGUCUCCAAUCCCACCGCCAGCGUGUUUACACGUGACUGAGUGUUGCUGUUGGUCCUGAUUAGGGUCCUUUAAGUUGUUUUAUUCUUGGUAGGCUAGAGACAAAUUUAAAAAAUCAAAAUUCACCUGUAGGGACUUUGUCCUCAAGGCAGUGCUCACAUAAUGUUGCAAUAGAUGUGAAAAUGUUACGUUUUGCGCUGUGACUCCAACUUAUGCUUCAGUGCAACUUAGUGAAAAUUGGACGUUGUUACUGUGCUACACCACAUCCAGAGUCUGUUGAUCAACAGGGAUAAAAUCAACAUGCAGCUUAGCUACACAAUUGCAUUUGAAUGAAUAUGACACUGAUUGCCUGUUAUCUGUGUGUGUGUGUGUGUGUGCGUGUGCGUGUGUGCGCGUGUGUGUGUGCGCGCGCGUGUGCAUGUAUGUGUGUGUGUGUCUACAUUUACGAUUCAUCUAUUGACUGCGAUGUCAGGGUUUUCUUGUUCCUGUCUCUGUGGAACUGGUGCAGAGGUCUGUCACACAAGUGAGUUUGCCCAUAUGACCUUUUGGACUUUGUCCAGUUGAGAAAACAUUCAGUGUGUUUGCACUGUGUUCUAGUGCUGUUUUGGGAGGCCUGAACUGGCUGAGGAUUUGACUGAGCACCCUCUGAGUAUUAAACUUCUGAACGCACUGAACAGCAUAAUGUGACUAAUAUUACUUGUACGGCAUCAAGUAAACCGCACGUUUGAGCUGUGUGUUAAUGGUUGUCGGUAUCAAUCUGUUGCCCCUGUUGACACACAAUGGAGCACUGGGGCAAACCUUUGAUUCACGUGGCUGGAUUUUAUGCCAAGGAAACCAAGUACAGCCCCACAACCUCUCAUUUUAAAGACUAUGGAGCAAUGGAUGCAUGUAGUGGAUUAAACGCUGUUUGGAUAAACUCUUAAAGAGAUUCCUUUUGGAUUUUAAUGUGAAGCCAAAGGAGUGAAACAUUUCUCCCGGCCCUGUGUUUUGCCGGCUUGGAUUCUGUAGAGGACGGGGAGAGGAAAUCCACUCCUGAACCGGAUCUUAAAUGGAUUUGAUAUCAAGGCACAGCAGGAAGUGGAUUGAUGCCAGAGAUUCUGAACUUUUAUUGAUGUGGUCACCAUUUUUUGCCCAUUCCACACCAUAUACAGAGGUAGAAUACAUCGUCAGUAACAGAAAGUACCAAUCUCAUGUGUACCUGCUAGAGGAAUAGUUUGACAUUUGGGGAAGUACAUUUAUUCACUUUCUGGUGGAGAGUUGGAAAAGAAGAUCAAUACCACUCUUCAUGUAUGUCCGUUAAGUGUAUGAAGUGAAGACCAGCAGCUGGUUAGCUUAGCUUAGCACAAAGAUUCCAGUCACAGCUAGCCUGGCUGUGUCCAGCAGUAAAAAAAUCUGCCUGCCAGCACCCAUUAAGCUCACUGAUUGAUAUCUCAUUUGUUAAAUCCGUACAUAAACUGAGAUGAAAAAAUGACCAUUCGUCAUUUUACAGGGGUUAUGUGCUGAACUAUGUCUGGGCUGGGAAUAGUAACUACCUGGAGUCCCCACUGGUAGCUGGAAAACUGGUUAGAGCCAAAAAAUAAUACAUCACAUAAACCACCAUAAAACAACUUUGGUUUUGGUACGGAUUAAACAAAUGAGAUGUAACAUGUUAAUUACUGAGCUUUAGAGGUGCUGGUAGGCUGAUUUUGGUACCACAGGUCAGAGCCAAGCUAGCUGUUUCCCCCUUUAUCGAGUCUUCAUGCUAAGUUAAACAAACCAACUGAUAACUAUAGUUUUAUGUUUAACAGAUCUAAUUAAUCUAAUAAUCUAAUCUAACAAAUUUAACUCUCUGACAGAAAGUGAAUAUGCAUAUUUUUAAAAAUAUUGAACUAUUCUUCAAUAUACAUAUGAAGCUACAGUCAGCAGCUGGUUAGCUUAGCUUAUCACAAAGACUGGAACAAGGAAAACGGCUAGACUGCCUCUGUUCAAAAGUAACAAAAUCCACCUACCAGCACCUUUUAAGCUCACUAAUUAAGACAUUAUGUCUGUAAAACCUGUAACAUAAAUAUGACAAGUUUUAUGUUUUAACAGGGAUUCUGUGCCAGGCUAUUUCUUGGCUAGGAGCAGUGAGUUUCUGAAGUCUACCUUCUCACAGAACCAGGCCAGUUGUUUCCCCGUUUUCCAGUCUUGGUGCUAAGCUAAGCUAAGAUAACCGGCAGCUUCAUAUUUCAUAGAGGGGUAUCAGUCUUUUCACAUAACUCAGCAAGCAAUGAAGCGUAUCUCCCAAAAUAUUGAAUUAUUGCUUUAAAGCCAAGGUUUUGCCUGCUAACGCAAAGUAAAAAUCUGAAUCUGCAUCAUUGUUUUUGUUAGUGUUAAGUAUAGGCGUAGUGUAGCCCUUAUGAUAGCAAUUUGAUGAUUGGUUUAGAGCUCUUCAAUAUUAGAACCCUCCACUCUUUUACUUAAUGGUAUGCCUUGUUUGUAUAAUGAGCGCAGGUGGAGAAAAGCUAAGGAGGCCUUUUGAGGGAAGAGAGCCACCAACUAUUAUUAUAUUAACUAUUAUUAUCUCUGAGGGAUGAGGAAAAUUCCUAAACUCAACCUAUACUCGCUUCAAAGGACCGCAGUCUAAGAUGUAGAGAUGUUAUUCCAUACACACUGUUACAUACAAAAGACUGAAUGAAAUCAUUAAGUUCAUUUAAUCUGUGUGUGUGUGUGAGCAUGUGUGUCCACAAGUGUGUAUUAUUUGAAGUGUGGGUCAACACUGUGAGGUCCACUUGAGGCCUUCACAUAGUCACACAUUUAAUGGACUGAACUGUCCACAAUGCUACCACAACGUGUCCACACCAAUUGAUGUUAAUGCUGUUCUUGUUGGUUUCUUCUUUGAUUUUAUUUCAUUUUUUUCCUCAACAUUUUGUGUUUGUGAGGAUGCAAAUGUCACUCAUAAAGUUUCUAUUGUAAAAAAAAAAAUACAUUGUUGGGUUUGUUUGCGAUACGGCUUUGAUAUCUGUUGCUAAGCCCACAUGUCAUGGAAAGCAGACAACACAGCGAGCUGGUUUUUGGAGUAAAAUUGAUAUGCAAAUGGAGGCGUACAGUUAUUGUGGUUAAGUUGGAAAAUCAUUCAAAAUAAAACAGUAUGUCAUUGAAACCUGAUGAAAGGUUUUCACCUUA